AUGUGCAUUGUGCAAUAACUACUACUGCUACUGAAAAUACUCAAAUAGUAGUAGUUGAACUCAUUCCUUCCUUCAAUUCUCUUUUUUCUGCGUUCACAACUCUUCCAUUUUUCUAGGGUUUUAGAAUGGUUAAGCAGCAACAACAACAACAAUGGAGUCUGAAUUAGAAUCAUCACCAAUUGUUUCUCCAGCAAAACAAGAAUCAUCCUCAAUCACAUCUCCAGAACCUUCUUCUCCGCCGUCUGAUCAUCAUAAAUCUUCCGAUUCCAUCAAUGAUCAGCUCAAUUCUCUCUCUUUUGAAGACACGAAACUCGACAAUGGCGGUGAAGAUCGCGAUCACACAGAGGAGAGAGAAAACAAUGAAGAAAAUGAGGAAAGUGAGAAUGUGAGCAAAAUCGAGGAGAGAGAAAAUGAGUUUAGUCGUAGAAGAAGUAUUAGUGGCUUUCCGGUGAGGCCUGAUGCUGAGGAUUGUUCGUUUUUCAUUCGGAAUGGUACUUGCAAGUUUGGGAUGAAUUGCAAGUUUAAUCAUCCUCCUAAUCAUAGGAAAUUUCAGGGUGUUAAGGUGAAGGCGAAGGAAGAAUGUGUCGAUUCUGCUACACAAAAUGCGACGGAAAAUGAUGAAUCUCUGUAUAAAGAACAGAUUAAUUGCAAGUACUUUGAUCGUCCUGGAGGCUGUAAGUUUGGGAAAGCUUGUAAAUUCAACCACAGCAGAAAAUUCAACCCUACCUUGAAGCUUAAUUUUAUGGGUUUGCCGAUUCGUCUGGGAGAAAGAGAAUGCCCUUUUUAUAUGCGCAAUGGCUCGUGCAAGUUUGGAGCAAGUUGUAGGUUUAACCAUCCUGAUCCCACAUCUUCUGGAAGACCUGAUGCCUUGUCCAGAUAUGGAAAUGGAGGACCCAUCUUUUCACCUGAUGCCUCGCAGUCAACUCCUGCACCCUGGUCUCCUACUGCUCUAAAUGAAAAUCCUCCCUAUGUGCCUUUGAUGUUUUCACCAGCUCAAGGUGUUCCUACGCAGCCAGAAUGGAAUGCUUACCAGGCUCCGGUUUAUGCACCUGAGAGGAGUAUGCACAUGUCACCAAUAUAUGCAAUGAACACUCGGUUAUUGGAAAGGCCAGAGCACACGCUGGGUGAUGAGUUUCCAGAAAGGCCCGGCCAACCUGAAUGCAGCUUCUUCCUUAAAACUGGCGAUUGUAAAUACAAAUCUGCGUGUAAGUUUAACCAUCCAAAGAGUGCAAGGAGUCAGUCAUCUGCGUGUCUUCUCAGUGACUUGGGUUUGCCCCUAAGACCUGGUGAAAAUGUUUGCAGCUACUACAAUCGAUAUGGAAUUUGCAAGUACGGGCCUGCAUGUAAAUAUGACCAUCCAAUAAACCAUGCCUAUUCACCGGUUUUAGGCGACUCUAUGGUCAAUAACCAGGCCAUGGCAGCUGGUAUUUAGAUCCUGAAUCUGAAGCAACUAUUAUGUACAUUGUUAAUGGAAUGCCUAGCAAUGGACAAUGAUUCAGGUUAGAAGGUUUUCAGUGGAACUCUUUUCGCUAAUCAAGGACAGGUUGAAGCUGGUGACGGUUUUCUAAUCAAAGUGUUUCGUAAGGGUAAAGCUGUAAAUUAUGUUCCAGAUUACAAUAUGUAAAUUAUUAAUCUAGAAAUUCCCAUAUUUGAGGAGUUUCUGCUGUGAAUUUUUAGUUUUACUUUCUAACAUGUCUAUGUGGUUGAAAACCUUUCGCCCGAGGUUUUGGACAGUGAUUCUUGUAGGGUGCAUAAACUCGUACUUCCUAAGGAAUUGCAAAUGUCUUUUGAAGUUUUAUUUUCAAA